UAGAGCAAGUCGCUUCACUAUGAAAAGUCGUCAAAAUUUUGCUUUCGAUAUGUCAAAAGUUAAUUGUUGGACGGAGUAUAUUUUGUUUAGUUUUUACUUUAUUUGACUCUGAGUUCCAUUUUUGCCGCAUUUAAUAACCUUGUGGGACUUUAAUAUAUCUCAAAUUCUUUGAAUUUUUGGGAACUAUCAGCCAUUAAGAUAUCAGCUGACCAAUUCAUGACUUGCUUGCGACAGUGAUCUACAUGCUAAAAUAUAUAAUACUUGAUCUGAUUACUGCAGGUGUAGACCUAGCGAAGAGAAUAGAAUAUAGAAAUUUGAAAAAUGAGGCAGCCAAAGGAACCAAACCAAGAAGAUUGCUGCAACAGUGGUUGUAAUCCAUGCAUAUUUGAUGUAUAUGCGAAGCAUAUAAAAUUAUAUAAGAAAUUCCUGGAACACGGUGAAAACUUUUCAGAACCCGUUGUUGAAAAUGCUAUAUCACAGCUUGAAUAUUCUGCAUUUGUUGUAGCUGACAAUAUCAAUUUGUGUGAAUCUCAUACUCUACUUACAUUUAAAAAAAAAGUUGAGGAUGAUAAAAAAUUAAAGUGGAGACCUGGCCAACACUUUCUAUUUAAAUUUAAUGAUCAAAAUAAUGGGUGCACAAGGGCCUACACACCUGUUAAUGUAAAAGCAAGAAUGAGUGAUGGUAAUUUUGAUUUUGCAAUCAUUAUUAAAAGAUAUGAAAAUGGGCUUGUAUCUAAUUUUUUAAGUUGUUUAAAUAAAGGUGAUGAAACAUUGUGGAGAGGACCAUAUGGAAGUUAUGAAAUUACUGAAAAUAAAUUCUCUAGAAUAAUUAUGUUAGCUCAAGGGACAGGAAUAGCACCUUUUAUGUCCAUUAUUGAAGAAAUAUUAAAUAAUGAGGAAAAUAUGACUAAAAUUUUAUUACUAUAUUGUAGUCAUAGUAUUGAUACAAUUUUAUUUCGAGAUGAAUUGUAUAAAUUUAAAUCAUUUUGGAAUUUUUCAUAUGAUGUGUUUGUUUCUAAUAUUAGUGAUAAAUUUGUUAAAUAUAAAUAUCAGGAACCAAUAAAAAACAUUAAAUUGACUAAUGAAAUUUUAGAUCAGUAUAAACCAUUGCCCCAGAAAGACCAAUUUCUUUUAUGUGGCUCUCAAAAAUUUAUGGAAAAUUACAAGUUAUGGUUAUUAGGAAAAAAUAUUGCUCAAGAAGAUAUUAUAUUGUUUUAAAUUAAAAAAUAAUGUGCUUGUAAUGUAAGUAGUUAACAAGUGAUGACGAGGGUGUGGUGCCUUAGUUGCCACUAUCUGUUGAUGAAUCACUAAUGCCAGUUGCAUCCACAAAAAAAAACAUAUAUUUUGGAUCAUAAUAUUUUUUAUGGUAAUCAAAUAAUUUGGCCAUGGAAUUAUUUUAUACUAUGUUAUACUAAAACUCUCUGGAAACAACCUGACUAGACAGUCACUCACCGUGUGGUAAGCACCACACAGUGAGUGAAGGCGUGCAAGUACCUGCAUGACUGUACAGUCAUGUACAUUAAUGUAUUUGUUUGGCCGUAGCCCGUAGUAUACGAGCAAAGUUGUUUCGCGCUGAAAAUCAUUUGACAAGCACCUAUCGUUUCGAAAUAUAAGUUUAUAUUAUUA